UCCCUCCUAAUCAAAACUCACACCCAACCCACAUUUUUCCCAUCACAUUCCUCUCCUCCAGAACACUCAUCUCCCCAAAAAAGAUCCAUUGUAUCUCAAUUAAUACAUUUCCAAACAACCAUCUAAUCUUACAUACAAUACAAUACAACACCAUGUGUAGCUCUGAGUGCAAAGUGACCGUUGGUGUUUCAAUGGCACCCGCCGUACCCAAAUUCAAUAGCCGCCCAGUUCUCCAACCUACUUGCAACCGAGUUCCGACCCUCGAAAGGCGUAACUCAGUCAAAAAAAUUACAACUACUACCACUCCAUCAGCUCUGACCUUACCACCUCCAUCACCAAAUUAUUUUUCUUCCUCUUCUCUUUCUAGUCCUAGAAUUACCACUAAUAAUAAUAAUAAUAAUAAUAUUACUCCUAGACCGGUGGCUAACAAUAACUCGUUGACACCACCCAUUUCUCCCAAGUCAAAGUCUCCAAGGCCACCGGCUAUUAAGCGCUGCAACGACCUAAACACGAGCUCAGAAAAGGUUGUCAUCCCCGGAAGCGUGGCCAAAGCGGCCGCGGCUAAGGUUUUGGAAAGGAAGAAGUCAAAGAGCUUCAAAAUCGUUAGUAAUGGCGGCGGCGGCGGCGGCGGUGGUGGUGAUGUUUUCACUUGUUCUAACACUCCUUUGGUUGAGGCUUCGUUGAGUUACUCUUCGUCGUUGAUCACCGAGUCGCCGGGGAGUAUUGCCGCCGGGAGAAGAGAACAGAUGGCUCUCCAACAUGCUCAGAGGAAGAUGAAGAUUGCCCAUUAUGGAAGAUCUAAGUCUGCCAAAUUUGAACGAGUUUUUCCGAACUUGAUUGAUUCAAAUCCUUUGGAUUUAACGGUCCACAAGACCAAUGAAGAGGAGAAAAGAUGCAGUUUUAUCACUGCCAAUUCAGAUCCCAUAUACGUUGCUUAUCAUGAUGAAGAGUGGGGAGUCCCUGUUCAUGAUGACAAGAUGUUGUUUGAACUGGUUGUUCUAAGUGGAGCCCAAGUUGGGUCUGACUGGACUUCAAUAUUGAAAAAACGUGAACAAUUCAGGAAUGCUUUCUCAGGGUUUGAUGCAGAGAUUAUAGCCAGUUUUACAGACAAGCAAAUGGCCUCCAUUGGUUCCGAAUAUGGCAUUGAUAUUAGCCGUGUCCGCGGAGUUGUCGACAACUCUAACCGAAUUCUAGAGAUCAAGAGGGAGUUUGGGUCAUUUGAGAAGUACUUAUGGGGCUUUGUAAAUCAUAAGCCAAUCUCAACACAAUACAAGUCAGGGCAGAGAAUACCAGUGAAGACAUCAAAAUCAGAGACCAUAAGCAAAGAUAUGGUCAGGAGGGGAUUUAGGUUCGUUGGUCCAACCGUGGUUCACUCAUUCAUGCAAGCUGCUGGCCUAACAAAUGACCAUUUGAUCACUUGCCACAGGCACCUCCCAUGCACCUUACUAGGGGCCCGCCGUCCGGCUGCCCCAUUCGCGGUGGCCCCUGUUGCUGCAGCCCCCGUUCUGCCGGAGACAAAUGACCUAUAGUGCUUCUCCUAAUUAACACUACUAAUUCUCAAGAAACAAAAGCAAUGGAAGUUAUAACUCAGAGAGAGAAAGAAAAACAAAUGCUCAAAAGUGCAUAUAUAUAGUUGGCUAACUAUAUAUUAAUACUAUGUUUUUUUUAUGUGGUUGUGUAUAAUAUUAUGUAGUGAAGAAUGCUGUGAGGUUUUUAGUUUAAUACAGCAGUGAGUGAAUUGUGAGUUUGAAUUAAUUACAUUUGAAAAUAGAUUGAUUAUGUAGAUGAGAGAGUGCUAAAUAGAUUUCCAUUAUUAUUAGGAAGAGAGAAAAAAGUUUGAUAUAGUGUGCUAGUGUGCACAGCAACUAAAGAAGGCCCACCAAGAGUGAGUACUAUAGAAGAGAAGACAAGAGCAUGUGCAUAUGCAUAUGGAGGAGGCAAUGGCAUGUGUGUGGUGUUGUCAGUUUGCUUUUCUAUAAAUAUUAUAAAAUAUAUUAUUCCAUGUGACCGAAUAUUAUACUUUGCAUUAUUUGCAUGAUUUCCCCUUUAACAGCCUGUGUGAGAUAGUGCAAGAAAGAGAGAGAGAAGAAAGACUUCUGGACCACUUUUCUCUUUCUUUCUUUCCCUUUUUUCUUUUUUUCUUGCUUCGUAAUUUUUCAUUGAGUUGUAUUGAUAUUGAUCAUCGUCAUUGAUCUUCUGUUUUAUUAAUCAAAUUCUAACUUUUUUUCCUUA